AUGAACACCGAGCGGCGCGUGUCCAUGGCGGAGCGUCGUCCCUCACUGAUGAAGAACGCGGACUCGCGCGGACAAUUGGUAGUUCCACACCUGGCGGGGAUUGAGGAUCCGCUGCCGGAUACGACACCUGAGAACGUUGACGUGGUGAUUGCGGGCACUGGACUAGUGGAAUCGAUAUUGGCAGCGGCGCUGGCGUGGCAGGGCUCAAGUGUGCUACACGUGGAUGCAAAUAGCUACUACGGGGACUCAAGCGCGACUUUGACAAUCGACCAGCUCAAGGCCUGGGUGGUAGCGGUAAACGAUGGCCACUAUGCGGGCUGCUACGAGAAUGCGAAGCUCUACGUGUCGAGUAACGUGGGACCACAGGGUAAAUAUGCUUCGCGUGAGUUUGGCAUUGAUCUGGCAUGUAAGAUUCUGUUUGCCAAGUCGGACUUGCUGUCAAUACUGAUUAACUCACGUGUGCACCAAUACUUGGAGUUCCAAUCACUAUCGAACUUCCACACCUACGAGAACGACAACUUCGAGAAGCUGACGAACUCGAAGCAGCAAAUUUUCACAGAUCAGUCGCUGAUGUUGAUGACUAAACGCAGCCUAAUGCGCUUUUUGAAGUUUGUUUUGGAUUGGGAAAAACAUCCAGAGGUAUGGAAGGAGUACGUUGACACACCAAUAGGGGAGUUUCUGCGGGAGAAGUUCAAGCUUGACGAUAACCAUAUAUCCGAACUGGUUUUCUCGAUUGGCCUGUGUUAUAGCCAUGAUACCAAGACGCCCAAUGCUUUGCAACGUAUCCGGCGGUAUCUGACGAGUUUUGAUGUAUAUGGCCCAUUCCCUGUCCUUUAUUCGAAAUACGGUGGCCCAGGCGAACUCUCGCAAGGCUUCUGCCGCUCUGCUGCAGUUGCAGGUGCCACGUACAAAUUGCAGCAUGGUCUUCUCUCUUACAACCCUGAGACAAGAGUUGCUGUCUUCCAGGAUGGAUCCAGGGCGCAGGUCACCGAGAAAGUUGUUGUUUCGCCCACGCAACGUCCUCCUGAUAGCAAGAACGUGCCUGAGCAGCCGUUCGAAGUCCAAAGACUGACGUGCGUAGUGGAGAAAGAUUGCGCUGAGUGGAUAGACGAAAACGAACACGCUUCCGUUGUCGUGUUCCCUCCGGAAUCGCUCAAAACUAAAAACAGAAGGGCAGUCCAAGUUGUUGUGCUAUCGUCUGGGAGUGAGGUUUGUCCCAAGGGAACCUGCGUCUGGUAUCUGACGACCACAGAACCAGGCGCUCGGGGUGAAUUGGAUCUUGAUGCUACCUUGGAAGCCAUGGAGGCCAGCAUAUUGCGUGAGUCUUCCGAUCUCGCAGAUCGCAAAGAGCUUUUUGGUGUAGCUGAGAAUGGCAGGCCGGUUGUUAACUCAGUAAAACUAGGCAAGUCUUUCAAGGAGUACGUUCCUCGCGAAAGACUGCGGUUUCUGCUAAAGCUUUAUUAUAGGCAAUUUUCCUCUACUCCACCCUUCGAUGUUGUGGAUCCCUCCCUAUUUGAUCUGGAAUCAAAAGCUAAGCACACUGUCGGUGCAAGCGAUAAUGGCGUGCUCUACACCGCGAUGCCAUCCGGGGAGAUCUCAUAUGACGAGGCCAUCACCGCAGCAAAGGUCCUAUACGAGAAGAUCGUCGGCAGCGAUGAUGACUUUUUCGUGAUGGACUUCGAAGACGAGGACGAUCAAGUCCUGGAUGAAAAGACGUAUAAUGAGUCUGCCCUAACUGAUGAUGAUGACGUCGAUAUGCUGGAGACCGAAGAGGUAGAAUUUGCGGGCAAAAUAGAGCUAUGA